AUGAAUGAGGUUGAAGGUAUACCCCCAUCGGAACUAAAGAUAAAAAGUGGUUUAGAACCUCCUGAUAUCAAAAUCCAGUCAGAACCAAGUGCUAUAAUCUAUGAAGAUCUUAUACCAGAGAAUCUCGAAAAGCAUCCAACAUCCGACUGCAACAGAUGCAAGAAGAAGUUUGCACAACUAGGGCCAAAACCUUUUAAAAUGUGUGAGCAUUGUCGAAUAGCUCAAAGACAGAGGACGAAAAGGUGGCAAAAGAAAACAAAGGAGAAAGAGGGUGUCUGCAAGAGGUGUGGGACCGAGCUACCUAUGGAUAAUCCAAACAAUUACGUCCUUUGUGGAAACUGUCGGAAAAUCUCUAACAAAAAUAAAUCUGAGAGAUAUCUCAAGGGAAAAUGCAUACAUUGUGGGAAUCCAAACAUGGGUGAUAGUGGAUACAAAGUAUGUCAAACGUGUAGGGAAAAGGAUAGAAUUAGAAGGCUAAACCUAUCAAACGAAGGUCUUUGUAAUAGAUGUUCCAAGGAAUUGCCAAAGGACGAAAGCACUCACCGUGUAUGUUUGAAAUGCCGAAUAAAGAAGAGGAUGAACUCAGGCCACGCACAUUAUAAUCCAAAGUCCAUUCGAUCUACGGAUUCAAAUAAAUUGCCUUCCCAGUUGACCACGCAAGGAGAUACCACCUUGUACACUGAAAUCGGGGACCUAUAUACAGCUAAAUGUGAUUCUGAUGCCCGAAAUAAUCAAACAGCAGGGAAAAGACAGUUUGAUGCGGAUCAGCUCAGUUCGAAAAGACAAAAAAUGGAGCCUACCCAUCCACUUGGUACUUCUUCACAGAUGAAAGAGCAAACUAAAAGCUGUGAGGUUGAUAUUUCUGUUUACGAAAAGGAGCUUACAGAGAAAUUAUUGUCAGAAACUUUUAUGCAGCAAGACCACUCCGAGCUCAAUCAGCAAUUGAAGCAACUUACACGGUAUACAUCACAUUCACAGCAGGAUAACGGCACACUUGCAGAAGAUGACUCUAAGUUUGACGAUCAAUCAGUUCUUGUUGAUUUGAAUGGAUUAGGUGAUUUAGAUAUAGAUUACCAUAUGGAUGUGAGUGAUACCAUCGGGGGUCAUCAUAAUACAAACGAUUGUAAUGUUAAUGCCGAUCAUGACGAAGAAGAAGAUAAUGACGACAAUGGCGACGAAGAGGAUGACGAUGAUUAUGAUGAAAACGAAAAAAUGCUUAGGCAUGUCCGAGAGGUUCAAGCGGGGCUGUUGUCCAAUACAUCAGAGCCUAGCGAUGCUGAAAUUGCUGCUGCUGUUGAAGCGGUUGCGGUUGCAGCUGCCGUGGCACGUGGCAACAAACAAAAGGAUUCUUGA